CUAUUCUAUUCUACGCUACUUGAAUUCAAAAUAAACCCAUAAUAAUCUUCUAAUAAAGCGCUCUAUUGAGCCCUCAGAAUCAGAGCACCAUGGCGAAACAACCCCUCACGCGCGACCUCCAAUUCGAAAAGAAGAACCAGAACAUGGUCAAGCUCCCAAAAUACGCCCGCAUCCAAAAACGCCCCAUCCCGCACCCCCCAAUCGCCUCCCCCUACGCCGGCUCCUCCACCCCCAAAACCGUCUACAUAUCCAGCAGCACGCCCUUCAUGAGCGCCGUAAAACGCGUCCAAAAGCUGCUCCAUCAAGCCGAGAAACGCGCCAUGACCUCCGUGCACCUGAGCCUGGGUAACAAGACGAAGACCGACAGACAGAAACUCGCGCAGAUGGCGGAGGGGCAUGAGAAGAUGCGGAAAGAGGCGGGGCAGGAGGAGGUUUUUAUUAAGGCUACUGGGAGAGCGAUGGAAAAGGCGAUGAGGGUUGGGAAGUGGUUUGGGGAGAGGGAGAGGGAGUAUGUUACUAGGGUAAAGACAGGGAGUGUGAUUGUUGUGGAUGAUGUGGUUGAGGAUGAGGAGGGGAGGAAGAAGGUUGUUGAGGAGAGGGAGAGUGUUAAGAAGGAAGGGGAGGAGAAAAAGGAGGGUGGUGAUGCUGAGGAGUCGGCUGGUUCUAAGUCUGCGGCGAAGAAGAGGAAGCGGGCUGCGGCGGCGGAGACAGAGUUGCCUGAGUCGAGGACGCGGUGGGUUAAUGUUGUUGAGAUUGCGGUGACCUAUAAAUGAGGGUGUUCACGGAUUUGCUAAGCUAUGCUUUUUUCUCAUUUCUCGCGGUUCGUUGACGAGAGUCCGAACGCAGUGUUGGUGAACACACGCCACGAGGUCACAACAGUGCAGGUACCAAUCAGUCUACCGCAUCCCUACCUCAACGCGCUCCUACGGACAUCAUUAUCUAUGGAGAGUAUACCUCCCUACGAGCAUAACUGGGCCAGUGCACUACCAAGUCAAGAAGCUUUGGGGUCUGCAUCCAACCCAGUGGAUAAGGCAGGGCAUGGGAGCUAGGUCAAGACUACAGAUCUUAUGAUUAAAUCUUUACUUCGGAGAAUGUACUAGACGAUAUCAAUAUCCCAUUCAACCAUCCAAUCCUGAGAUCAUAAAAUACAAGAACG